AUGUCAAAUCCAAGAGAUCAAAAGAGUCGAGUCAACCAUGUGGUACGAGAUAGUCAACUUCUUCCCGCUUCUGGUCCUGAAAAGAUAACUUCAUUCUCUCAAUUCUCUCCUCUAGCUCUGAAGACGUCGUUUGUGUUGACCAUUACUGUGGCUGUUGGUUUUCAUGCAUUCAUAAAUGAAUCCGGAGAAGACUGGUCAGUAGAAACCCCAAAAAGGGAUACAAAUGGUUAUCCUCAUAUUACAUUGUGUUCCGUCGGAGAAUACGGCCGUCAAGUACAUGGAGCCCAACCCUCAAGAGCUUACUUUGGAAAGCAAAGACCCACUGGAUCACAAUCAACACCACUUCGAACAAUUCGAGAGAAGAAUACCAAAGCAGAUCCACAAGAUCGACUUGAUUUCCUCCGAGAUAUGCAAAAAACCAGGGACGACAUGAAGCAAUUUCGCAAUGAAAUGAACGGCCUGGCAAAAGAAAUAGACAGUAUGACCUUUGAUAUUAACCGAUCCAAUAAUAGAAUUUUAGAAAUUGAGCAGGAUCUGACAGCAACGCAGGAAGUGAAUGUCAACUUGCAGAUCCUUUUAGAAAAUGCUUUGGAAUCCCAAAAAGAGGAAGAUGUGCAUGCAACACAGGCCAUAAAAUCGAUGUAUUCUGAUCUUGCUACGGUGGCCUAUGAAAAUAACCAGCUUCGAGGAAGACUGAGUUUAAUAGAGAAGGGUCAGAAGAAACAUAAGGGUAGUAUAUACGAUGUCGAAGAGCGGAUAAAAGAAUACACAAGUAUGUUAGGUCAGGCACAGGACACAAUUCACAUGUUACAAGAGCCACGUUCAAGAAUGCGAUUAGAUGAAAGCCUACUUCAUAUGCCUCUAGACGCUUUCAACUCGCGUAGGACAAGUGAGACUCUUUCCUGGCCAGAAAGCACUGGAUCGUCUCUACAGAAGGAAUCCGAAUCCACCUUUAGUCGUCCCCACAUCAAUACCGACUCUAAACUUCUUUAG